GGGGGGGGGGGGUCACACUGUCACGGAGCUUUUCUCUCGGCGCGCCGUCUCCGAUUUUCCCCCUCUACCCCUGUUCCCUCGGCAGCCUCUGUGGAGGAGAAGCUGAGAACACUCUAAUCUCUCUCUCUCCCUCCCCGUCCAAUCCCCACCUGCAUCGUUUAACCUGCCUCUCAUCUGCUCGCUACCAUUUGCAAUGGUUCCGCGUUGCUGUCAUCCCACCCUUCCUUGCCACUUCCGAUGCGAGGCUAUCAACGUUAUGGGCUUUGUAGACCGGCGAAAGUGGAGGUGUAGUUAGUUUGCCUGGGUCGGAGCGAAUUGGGUUGGCGUUGGGAGGCUGGGGGAUUAGGGCGCUUGUUAGGUUGAAUCGAUUGGGUGUAGAAGUAGUAGUGUGCCGGGGGUGUGCGGAUUUUGGUGUCGACGGGGACGGGCAGGUGGGGAGUUGUGGGCUUUUUUGGAUGUGAGAGGGCGAUUCACGAGGCGGCGGCGUCCCAUUUGAGGUGGGAGUGACUGGAUGUGAUUGAGUGUGUAACUUCUGGGAAAAAAAUAGGUCCGGCGAUUUUAGGUGAUUUCGCCACUACUUACGAGACUCGUGCGACUUUGGGCGUAUACGUUCGGUUAUCGGUACCGCGGUUAGUCGAUGGAUCUCGCAGGGUACAGUGCUGGUAAAUCGACGUGAUUUAGUCGUGCAGGAUUUCAAGAGGAUCUGGAUUUAGUAGGCGAGUGUUUACAGGUUUGGCGCAAACGAGCUGGUAAUUGUGCAUAUGUCGUGCGUUCGGGAUCUUCAUGGUCGCAUUGCCAGAAACCUCCACGAUGCAAGAGGUAGCACACAUUUGGAGCACGCUGUGCAUUGUGUUCAGGGAUUUGCAACUAUAAAUGCGACAUUUUAUAGUUUUUAUUGUCAUCAGGGGAUACAAAUUUAAGGAGUUCCUCUCUACCGAGACUUACCAUGUUGACGCAAAUAGAACCUCAUAGGCAGUUGAUUUCUGUAAUUUGAUUCAUCCUCAGUCUGUUGCGUUCGAAUCUCAAUCCCGGAACUUGAAAUAGUGAAUUUUCAGUGGUAUGGAUCGGGGUUUAGCUGAACUGCAACAGUAGUCAGCGAUGGCAGGAAGAAUUCUACUCUAGAGCAGUCGACAGAUGGACGAAGGCCAGUGGACUCCUUGCACAUGGUGAUGCAGAACGGCAAAGACCACAUGCGUGGACAAUUCCUCCCACCCGCUAUUCAGCUCGGUCUCAAUCAUGUCAUUGCACAUGUAUCCUCUCCUCCCAUCUCCCCCGCGAAUUCCCCGCGCCACCGCCGGGAGAGAUCUCUCGGGGGGCGCACCAUGGCCAUUCGCGAGCCGAAGGUCAAGUACGGUUCACCCGUUGUCAAGCAUCGCGUGAACUCGACAUGGUCGCAGAAGCUGACCCACUUCUUGCUCUCAUUCUUCCGGAGACGCAACCGGGUGCUGCUCUUCAUCCCUUUCAUCUAUGUCACGGGCAUGCUGCUCUACAUGGGGGGCGAUAUCUCUAUGGAAUUUCCGCCGUUUCCUGGCCGUUAUCGACCAGGCUCCGUGUACCGCAGCGAUCAGGUGUUCGAGAAGUUGUGGCCUGAAAUGGAGCGUGCCGACUCGUCUUCCUAUGGGGUGGAGUUUGGUUCGCUACCUGACGCUGCUGGGGGCAGCCAUGGACGGCAGGUCUUGUCCGCUUGGGAGUAUCCCAAAAAGGGUGGAGGCUUUACGCCGUGUCUUAGUUCCAUUAACCAGAAAGCAGGUUUACCAGAGUCAAACGGGUACAUUCUCGUAGAAGCAAAUGGCGGUCUAAAUCAACAGCGCUCCACUAUAUGUAAUGCCGUUGCCGUUGCCAAGCUUAUGAAUGCCACACUCAUUAUACCCCAUUUUCAUCUCAACAGUGUGUGGAAAGAUCCCAGCAAUUUCGGGGAAAUUUUUGAUGAGGCUCACUUCAUCGAAUCCCUGUCUAAGGAAGUCCGAAUACUUCGAGAUUUGCCUCAAGAGUUACUUGAUAAAUUUGACAAUGGUAACACGAUAUUCAAGCUGAAAGUGAAAGCAUGGUCUCUCCCCCGUUUUUACCUGGAAGAAGCUCUCCCUGAGCUUUUAGAGAGAGAAGUUAUCAGGUUCACGCCCUUUGCUAAUCGUCUGGCAUACGAUGGCAUUCCGAAGAGAAUUCAAAAAUUGAGAUGCUACACCAAUUUUGUAGCCCUGCGUUUCGCUCAGCCAAUUGCUAAUAUGGGCAACAUACUAGUUAAACGAAUGAAAGCAAAAAGUGCGAAAACAAAUGGCAAUUAUGUGUCUAUUCACCUCCGGUUCGAAGAGGAUAUGGUAGCUUUCUCCCAAUGCGUCUAUACUGGUGGCGAGGAAGAAAAAACUCGGCUUGACAAUACUCGUGAAAGAGGUUGGCGUGGCAAGUUCACUAGAGAAGGCCGUGUGAAUGCAUCACCGGAGCAGAUUAGGAGAAAUGGAAAGUGUCCCUUGACGCCUGUUGAGGUGGGAAUGAUGCUGCGUGGAAUGGGUUUCAGCAACAGCACACCUAUCUAUCUAGCUGCCGGAUUGAUAUACAAAGGAGAGGAAAGCAUGGAGCCGCUCCGAAGAAUGUUUCCGUAUCUUCAAAGCAAAGAAACUUUACUAACACCCGAGGAAUAUAAACAAUUCAAGGGCUUUUCUUCGCGGUUAGCAGCUAUUGAUUACACCGUCUGCCUUCACAGCGAAGUGUUUGUGACUACACAGGGUGGUAAUUUCCCCCAAAUACUGAUGGGACAUCGCCGGUUUCUCAACAAAGGCCACUCCAAGACUAUUAAUCCUGACAAGCGACGCCUAGUCCUGCUACUAGACAAUCCCCACAUUGAGUGGGACGCGUUCCGGAAAAUCCUGGUAGAUAUGCGGAGGCACAGCGACUUCAAGGGCUUGCAGCCCCGGAAAUCGUUCCCCGUCAGUCCAAAAGCGUAUUUCACGAACCCUCCCAAAGCGUCGGUAUACACAUUCCCCGCUCCAGAAUGCAUGUGUGCCGAGCCUGCAAACACUAGGACGGCGACGGAGGUGCUGGUCUCCAAAGCGUAGAUAACGAAGACGAAACCGAUCUGCGAGGGCUCAUGUGCCCCCGAAUUCUUUUCAAAUAGUCAGGUAGGCGUAGCAUUCUUCACAGAUUCGUCAUUUGUGGGCAACAGCCCCUCUUACUGUAAUUUAUCAGUCAUCGCCGAGUUCAUGAUUUUUCUGUUUGUGAGCACACGGCCCGCGCGGGCCGCCUGUGGGUACCGGCCACUGCUUGGGUCCCCUGGUUUCAAUAAACGUUGAAAACAAGUCAGAUGUCUCCAGACUAUCGCAAUUCCGCUACCAACUCUGGGUCUUCCGCUCACAAGCGGCUUUUCAUCCUUCGGAUGGCAUCUUCGAUGCCGACACUGCUCCGAUGGUCCCGAGCGUCGGAGGUGUCUCGCACGGUGUGCACGAUGUAACUUCCUCGGCUACGCAACAUGUUUCGACUGAUUCUAUUCAUCAGCAUUACAUAAUGUUGACAUACAGUUGCAUUUUUAAUGCGUUUCAUGUAACUGAACACUCA